CCCGUGCCAAUCCCGUGCCAAUCCCGUGCCAAUCCUGUGCCAAUCCCGUGCCAAUCCCGUGCCAAUCCCGUGCCAAUCCCGUGCCUCCCGUUUGCAGCCUGAGCCCCUCCCGGAGGGAUCUGCCGGCUCCAUCCCUCCCCGGGGCCAUGGGGACCACGGAGGCCACGCUGCGGAUGGAGAACGUGGACGUGAAGGAGGAAUGGCAGGACGAGGACUUCCCCAGGCCUCUCCCAGAAGAGACGGGGAUGGAGUCCCUGGGGAGCCCCACGGAGGACGAGACCACGUCCUCUCCCCCCAACACUUUGAAUUUUAAUGGGGCCCAUCGGAAGAGGAAGACUCUGGUUGCACCAGAAAUCAACAUUUCCCUGGACCAGAGCGAGGGCUCCAUCCUCUCCGACGAUUUCCUGGACACACCAGACGACCUGGACAUCAACGUGGACGACAUUGAAACUCCUGACGAGACAGAUUCCCUGGAAUUCCUGGGGAAUGGGAACGAGCUGGAGUGGGAAGAUGACACCCCCGUGGCCACGGCCAAGAACAUGCCCGGGGACAGCGCAGACCUCUUUGGGGACGGUGGCACCGAGGAUGGCAGUGCCACCAACGGGCGGCUCUGGAGGACCGUGAUCAUCGGCGAGCAGGAGCACAGGAUCGACCUGCAGAUGAUCAAACCCUACAUGAGGGUGGUGACCCACGGAGGAUAUUACGGAGAAGGACUCAACGCCAUCAUCGUCUUCGCUGCCUGCUACCUCCCGGACAGCAACCUGGCUGAUUAUCACUACAUCAUGGAAAACCUCUUCCUGUACGUGAUCAGCAGCCUGGAGCUGCUGGUGGCCGAGGACUACAUGAUCGUGUACCUGAACGGGGCCACGCCCCGCAGGAGGAUGCCGGGCCUGGGCUGGCUGAAGAAAUGCUACCAGAUGAUAGACAGGAGGCUGCGGAAGAACCUCAAGGCGCUGAUCAUCGUGCACCCGUCGUGGUUCAUCCGCACCGUGCUGGCCAUCUCCAGACCCUUCAUCAGUGUGAAGUUCAUCAAUAAGAUCCAGUACGUGCACAGCCUGGAGGAGCUGGAGCAGCUCAUCCCCAUGGAGCACGUGCAGAUCCCAGACUGCGUCCUGCAAUAUGAAGAAGAGAGGAUCAAGGCCAGAAAAGAAAGGGAGGAGAAACAAGACCUGGCUGAGAGGGAAAGCAGGCCCGUGCCCCCAGCAGAGGAUCAGGAAACCAGGUUUGAGCUCUCUGUGUGUCCGGGGCAGAUUUGUGGCGUUUGUGAUCCAUGACCGGGACCCCCAGCCUGGUGUCACCCAAGGCUUUGUCCCCUCUGCCCGUGACUGCCACCAGCUGUGUCCCCAGCACACCCUUGGGAACGAUUUCACCCAAAUCCACUCAUUUUUUUGUCGGUGUGGUGGCAAUAACAACAUUUCCUACCUGAGUCUGCUGCCUGAAAACGCCUCCUGUGUCUCUUUUUCUGCCCAGCAUGUCCUGAGAGGGAGCAGCACAGAGGGACGGAGUGGGAGAAGGAGCUGUCACCCACCUCAACGACCUUUGGGGACAAGACCUGGCCACCACCUCCUUGCAAGCCCUGUGAAUCCUGGAGCCUGCCUCCUCUGCCUCCAAGACACAAAGUCCUUGAACCUUUCGGGAAUUCCUUUCCUUUUUAAGAAGAAAAGAAGAACAAAAACCCCAAACGACCCUCGUUGAACAGCAUUUUUCAGGACAGGUUCUGGCGUGUUCCAGGAAUGGUCUCACAGUGGAAAUACUCACUGUGUAUCCUCGUAGUAAAUUAAGAGCAUCCUCCAGCCUGUGAACCCCCAGCCCGGAGAGAGGAUUUAUUUUUGGCUAAAAUUAUAAACCCUUCCCUCGCUGCUGGCCGGCGCGGAGCCCUCCUGCAUCCCAGGACACCCCAAAAGCUGCCAGCCCUGGGAAUAAGGACUGCAGGAAAUGGGAAGAGCUUUUCCCUCCUUUUCACAGCCACAGUUUAACCCUGAAGGCACCAAGUGCUGCUCUGGCACCUCCCGCCAUCGCCGUUCCUCGUUCCAUGAGGAAAUCCCACAAGGUUUUUUUCCUGGUUUUUCUUUUUCCUGUUUUUUCUUUUUCCUGUUUUUUCUUUUUCCUGGUUUGUCCCAUCCCGGUGCUGGAGGGAGCAGCUGCCCCACAGAAUCUUCUCCUGAAUUCCCCCACCCCAAAGGGAACGGGACUGGAAGGAGCCUCAGGGGCAGGGGGGUCCCCCACGCCUCGUCCCUGUGGCGGUGUCACCACCAUGGUGACAAUCUCUCACUGCUGGCACCUCCUGGGAGCUGCUGGAACCUCCUGGGAGCUGCUGGAACCUUCUGGGAGCUGCUGGAACCUUCUGGGAGCUGCUGGCACCUUCUGGGAGCUGCUGGAACCUCCUGGGAGCUGCUGGAACUUUCUGGGAGAUGCUGGAACUUUCUGGGAGCUGCUGGAACUUUCUGGGAGCUGCUGGAACCUCCUGGGAGCUGCUGGAACCUCCUGGGAGCUGCUGGAACUUUCUGGGAGAUGCUGGAACCUUCUGGGAGCUGCUGGAACUUUCUGGGAGAUGCUGGAACUUUCUGGGAGCUGCUGGAACCUCCUGGGAGCUGCUGGCACCUUCUGGGAGCUGCUGGAACCUUUUGGGAGCUGCUGGAACCUCCUGGGAGAUGCUGGAACCUCCUGGGAGCUGCUGGCACCUUCUGGGAGCUGCUGGAACUUUCUGGGAGAUGCUGGAACCUCCUGGGAGCUGCUGGAACCUUCUGGGAGCUGCUGGAACCUCCUGGGAGCUGCUGGAACCUCCUGGGAGAUGCUGGAACCUUCUGGGAGCUGCUGGAAUGUUGGGAGUCUCCCUCGGGAGGGCCUCACCCAUCAGCAUUCCAGCCUGGAAUAUCCCCAGGAGGCAGGGUCAGGUUCUGGAGAGGGGCAGGUGUGACCUUGACUCCUGGAAUUUGGAUUUUGGGCUCGUGAGCAAAGGAGGGGUGAAAAGAAAUUCAGGAACAACGGUCUGGCCAAAUUCCUUUGGAAAUUCCUGAUUUCAGGACCCCUGGCAGUGGCCAAGGACGGGGCUUGGAGCAGCCUGGGACAGGGGAAGGGGUCCCUGCCCAGGGCAGGGUGGGACUGGAGGGGAUUUGAGUUCCCUCCAAACCAUUCCAGGAUUCCCUGAUUCCCUGAUCAGGUGAAAAAUCCUCUCAAACAGCUGCAGAUGAAGAAUUCCCGUUUCAUCACUUUGAGGAGAAUUCUUGCAAUUUUUUCCUCAAGGUGGGGAUGGCUCCUCUGGACAUGCAAAGCUGCUUUUCCCUUCCUUUCAGUGGAUAAAAUCAUUCUGGAUGGGAUCCUUCUUCCCCUGGAUGCUCCCAGGAAGCACCAAAAGUUCUUUUUAAUCUCAAUUUUCUCACUGGAGACGCUCUCCUCACACACUCCAGCCACACCUUUGCAUGGAAGGCAGAGCACUGCACCAACCCGGGGGCUGAAGAUGGAAAAAAUCCCCACAUUCCAUCAAAAAAAAAAAAAAAAGGCUCAUUAUAAACCAAUUUUUGACAAAAUAUUCCAGGUUGGAAGGGGCUUGGAGCAUUCUGGGAGGACAGAAGGUGUCCCAUGCCCAGGUUGGAUUUAGGGUCCUUUCCAACCCAAUUCUGGAAUUUUCCAGGGAAUUCUCCCUGCAGGGUUUGUGGAGCUCAGGUUCAUUGCAGGUGACACCUCCCCGCUGUCCUGAGCUCCAGCUCUGGCUGGAGAUGGAAGCAGCAGCCAGGAAUUCCCAAAUUUCCACGGCAGAGCUGGGAUCCCUCACGCUCGGGCUGUCCACGGAGGGGAAGGAAUUAAUUUUUUAAUUUUUUUGCUGGUUAAAGCAAUUUUCAGUUCUGCCCGUGAACAAUCACAAAGCUCCUCGUGGGCCCUGAGUACUCGCAGUGACUUCACUGAGAACACUUCGAGUAGAUUUUCCUUUUUCUUCCCUUUGUUUUUAUGGAUUUUGAGAGAAAUCAGCAGCUUUGCACCCAGAACAGGACCCACGCUGGGCACUGCAAGGGAAAAUUGUGAUUAUAAAACAAAUAAAGUGGGUAAAACGUUGAAUAAUUGGUUCAAAAUCCAACUCUGGAAAGAUUUUGUGCAUCAAAAAAACAUUCAGGAAUGCUGCUGCCAUGGAAAACAUGAACCUCAGCAGUGCCCACACCAGAAUGGGAUUUUUGCUUCUUUGAUUCCUUCCCAAAACCUCUCUGUCUGCACUUUCAGACAAAAAAAUUAAAUAAAUGCAGAAUGAGCAGAUCUGCCAAUGAAACUUCCCAUUUUUCCCAGUAAUUCCUUCAGAGCGAGGGAAUUUCAGCUGGGAGAAGGACAGAUCCCAAAUUUCCCUUCACGAGGCCGGCGGUUUUUCCCAUCAAAAAUCAAAUUUUAAUUUCUCGGAACUGAUUUUUGUUUGUUUGUUUCAAAAAGUGCACUUUGUGAUGGAGCAGCCCCAGUGGCGUGCACUGAAUUUUCAUUUUCCACAGAGUUUUGUGUGAAGUUUGUGUUCCUGGAUGGAUGGAUGGACACGUGGAUAAAGUUUUUAUGUCUUUGCAACACAGAGGAGAACCUGCAGCCCCAUCAUGGAGAAAUUAAAAAUGCCAAAAGUGCAUUUUAUAGAAGAAAAAAAAAUUAAUUUUCUUAUUUCAACCAGUUUUAGGUGUUGGUUGCAAAACAAAAAAGCUGCAAAUUCCUGGACAGAAAACACAAAAAAUAAAAAAAGUCCCAGAGGUGGAGUGAGAAAUCUCAGCUGGAUGGGGAGGAACCUGCACUGCUGCUGGCAAAAGCGAAUUUCCAGCAGGACUUGGAGCAGUAUAUAAAUAUUAUAAAUAUGUUUAAAGAAUGAAAUGAAAUGAAAGCCCCAUCAUGGAGAAAUUAAAAAUGCCAAAAGUGCAUUUUAUAGAAGAAAAAAAAUUAAUUUUCUUAUUUCAACCAGUUUUAGGUGUUGGUUGCAAAACAAAAAAGCUGCAAAUUCCUGGACAAAAAACACAAAAAAUAAAAAAAGUCCCUGUCCCAGAGGUGGAGUGACAAAUCUCAGCUGGAUGGGGAGGAACCGGCACUGCUGCUGGCAAAAGCGAAUUUCCAGCAGGACUUGGAGCAGUAUAUAAAUAUUAUAAAUAUGUUUAAAGAAUGAAAUAA